UGAUGACGAGAGGCUAAACGGGUCUGUAGAGGAGCUGGGAGGAGCCCGGACACUCUGAUGCUUCCAUGUUGCCUCAGAUUUCAGGAGCAGUCUUAGAACAGGAGUCCGUGUCGUGGCAAAUAUUCAGAGGAACCAAACCAUCUGUUAGUUUCACGGCAGACGCGUCGUGUCUUUGCUCUCCGUGGACAGUCUGUGAGGGAUGACGCCAUCAGAAACACAAACGCGCACUCUCCACGAAGUUCGCGUUUCUUCUGUCUGCUCCUCACAAUGCCUCCAUCUAUUACUGCGUGUUCACGAUGCCCCGUGAGGUUUACAUUACCCACGCCACGCAUGACUCGCUGCAUGGAGGGACUUCUGCUAACUUGGGAUUUGACAUUCCGCCAGAAUGAAGUAAAGGAGUUUCGAGAGGACUGAUUUGAAAACAUCUGUUGUGUGAGCACGAGAAGUUGGUGGGCACGCUGCCAGUCUGCGUGUGCGUGGACGAGUUAGUGUUUUUGGCUGUUCAUGUUUGGCCUCAUCUUCCUGUUCACUGUCAGCAGUCUGAGAUUUUAACAGUGAGCAGGACCAAAGCUCGAUGUUCCCCGUGUCAGCCAAAGAGGCUCCGUCCGUGUUUGUGCCGUUUCUGUAGCAUCACAGUGAACAGAUUUCCUUCACCAAGUGGAUCAUCACGGCCCAGCCAUAGUGAUUGCUCAGAAAUAUGACCCACAGAAAGAGGAGGAGCUCCGUUUCUGGAUCGAAGAGGUGACCGGCAUGUCUAUUGGAGAGAAUUUCCAGAAAGGCUUGAAGGACGGGGUCAUCCUCUGCGAACUGAUUAAUAAGCUGCAGCCUGGUUCAGUGAAGAAAAUCAACCUUUCACAGCUCAACUGGCACAAGCUGGAAAACCUCGGGAAUUUCAUAAAAGCCAUCCUGGCCUAUGGCCUGAAGCCCAAUGACAUCUUUGAGGCCAAUGACCUGUUUGAAAACGGAAACAUGACUCAGGUCCAGACAACGCUACUCGCACUGGCUAGCAUGGCAAAGACGAAAGGCAUCGACACAAAGGUUGAUAUCGGAGUGAAAUAUGCAGACAAACAAGCUCGACACUUUGAUGAUGAGAAGAUCAAGGCUGGCCAGUGUGUCAUCGGACUGCAGAUGGGAACAAACAAGUGUGCAAGUCAGGCUGGAAUGACUGCGUAUGGAACGAGACGACAUCUGUACGACCCAAAGACUCACACCGACAAACCUUAUGACCAGACUACCAUCAGCCUGCAGAUGGGCACCAACAAAGGAGCCAGCCAGGCGGGCAUGCCGGCGCCCGGUACUCGCAGAGACAUCUUUGAUCAGAAAGUGGCUUUGCAGCCGCUGGACAACACCACCAUCUCUCUGCAGAUGGGCACCAACAAGGUGGCGUCUCAGAAAGGAAUGAGCGUGUACGGGCUGGGCCGCCAGGUUUAUGACCCCAAGUACUGCGCCCCCCCCACCGAGCCGGUCAUCCACACUAACGGCAGCCAAGGCACCGGCACCAAUGGCUCUGACAUCAGCGACAGUGACUAUCAGGCUGAAUUCCACGAGGACGAGUACCACGCCGGCUACCACAACGACUACCAUUACAGCGACCAGAACGUCGACUGCUAGUCGGCUCGCCGCCUGUUAGCAGAUGUGUUUUAUCGCUACAGCAGAGCAAGCCUUUUGCUAUCCUCGCUAGUCUUUUUAUCCUCUAUUAUCUGAAACGUUGCAUGUAUUUCAUCUUCACCUAGACUUUGAUCUCAGCUCCAAAGUUUGUAAGACGUAGCGUAGCAUCACGACUGCUGUUUUCUAAGCUAAGAGCCUCUUUUAUAAAAUAAAUGAUGGAACACUGAUGUAGAGACGCUGCUGCCCAUGAAUCCGAUGAAUCCUGCUCUUUGCAUUCCUUAAAUGCUGCUGAUCCAUUCGCCGGCUCCAAGAGCACGUACGUCGUUUAGGAUUCAUGCUAAUGGCGAGACCGGAGUUGCGUCCGAGUUUCCAGCCUCCCUUUGUUCUGUUUUGUUCUUGUUUCACUGUAUUCAUGUGGAGUGUCCCAAAGUAAAGCAGUCUGCUGUUCUGUUCCACAAUGAAAACGACAUGUUAUAAAUAAAGUUUUAAAUCUUUAAUAUUAAA